AUGGGAACGAACUCUACACAGUUGACGUUGAAUGGGAAAUGCUUCGAAGAGGGAUUGCUCCUUCUGAUGCCCGACAUCGAGAAGAAAAUCAACAACGUGAGUUUCUUCCCUCCUUUGAUCCUUCGAUUUCUCACAAAAUAGCCUUUUGGCUCUUGUUGAGGGAGCUCUGUAAUUGGGAUAACCAAAGGACGCAAUAUAAACCGAGCGUAGAUUGACGGCCUGACAGCCAACUCGUUGGCACGCAUUUCCUUCAAAGUAUUUCUUGCAAGGCUGUUUCCACAGCAGGGGAUUAGCCUUUCGGACAAUGUAGGGAAGACCUCGUCGGAAUCGAAUAUGGUGCUCCCUCCGAAGUUGUUGGAGCGGAAGGUCACAGGUGAAUCAGAGAUGCUCCGUCCGCUCUCCGACGAACACGGAACGAAAAAGAUAUCUCUCGAGGCGUAGGUCCGAGGCGAAAGUUACCAGAAAGAGAUGGAUGCGCGCAUCUAUUGCCGGCCUUCCGAGAUGUAUCGGGCUCGUGGGAAUGUUCAGGUGCAUUUUUUGCACAUGAAAAAGUCCGCAAGAGUUUUCUAUGUUGAGUUUUUUUUUUCAAAAAAAGACGGAUAAAUUGAUUGGUAUACGUAUGAGUUUGUGCUAACUGGUUUCAAGCUCAAUUUUUCAUUAUUCAGGGAUCAAUAGGAAGACAUGUAGAAGUAAGAUUUGAAUCAGCAUGUUUCUUGUUGAGAACUUCGAUUUCCUCAAAUUCAGAAGAUUUAUUCAAAGUUGCGCAUUUUUAUCGACUUUUUACAGUUGAUAGCCAAAUAGAUUAAAUAUAUCUCAUUGGCCUAGAUUUGAAACAAUCUGACUUCUCUGCGCUCUCUUUUCAUUCACCGCCGUGAUCAUGGAAUGGAGACUUGCUCUCGAGACUCUCGAGAUUGCUCACCAGGGAAAACCAGAUAAGAAGCCACAUUUUCAACUUGUGGCGACUGACCCCAAAAUGUCUAAUCGAAAAUGAAAUAAUAUUGUUUCCAAAGACUUCUUUACAGUCGCCAACGGGAAGUUUUGUUAAGCAGUGAAAGAUCUUUGGGUUUUACCUAUCCCUGCUCCAACAUCAGUAAGUUUCAGUUCAUCUUCCCCGUCCAAUUUGUGAUAACGGUGGUCGGGAAUCUACUCACGAUGACGGUGUUGCUCAGCGGCCACAUCAAAAACAGGUGAAAGAGCAGGAAACUGCUUACAUUUUGGUCGUCUACUGGAAGAGCUCUCGAAAAAGGUUUCCGUUUUAGAGCGAACCAUUUGCUGGCCUCCCUGGCGCUGUGCGACAUGAUGGUGUUCGUGAUGAUGCUGCCGCACUACGUCGCCUCCAUCGACUACGUCUCGGACUCGCCGACUUUCCGUCUCUUCCACUUCCACAGCAAACCCCACUUCGGAGCUCUCACUAACUGGUUCUCCGCCGCUGCUAUCUGGUUAGACAGGAGAAUCCGAAAGGAAAAGAACAUAAAAAAGGAGUUUCAGAAAAAUUUCCAUUUUGAAAAGCUCGUUUUCACUAAAAGCAAUAAAUUAGGGUUGAGAUUUUACUCAAUAACUGUUUCGGAAUUUUCAGUUCGUUUCAUAACUUCAGCCGUCAUGCGAACUUUCGACCAUAGAACUUAUAAAUAAUUGCUUAAAAUCUUUGUUUUUCUCACUUUUCUUGCUGAUUCACCGGCAAGUUUAGUAACUCGACCUUAUUUUACUUUAUUUUCAGGUUUGUUCUGGCCGUUUCUGUUGAAAGAUUGUUAAUCAUCAAGUUUCCAUUCCGCUCGCUCGACGUCUAUAAUGUGAGCAACGUGACCUUCCAAGCAGAACUUUGAGCAUAAAUUUCAGACUCGACAAAUAGUGAUAGUAUCUGUUGGAAUCCUACUCUCAACGCUCGUCCUCACAAGGUGAUUUCCAAAAUAUCUUUCUAGAGCAGGAGUUUUUUCAGUUACCACCACAUCUCGCACACGUGUCUUUCCUUCAUAGCGUGCCACGGAACGCAGGUUCUCGGCCGAUGUUAUCCGAACACGGAGGAACUCAUCGGAAAACGUCGCAAUCCGACUUCGGAUUUCGUCAAGCAGUACCUCCACGUCUCGGUUUUCGCCAACGCUCUGCUUGCGGUGCUUCUUCCCAUUUUCGCUGUGGCCAUCCUCAAUAUCAGCCUGAUACGACUGGUGAAAAAGCGCCACUCUCAGGUUUGUACCAGGGAAAAGCGAAUUGAGAUCUGUUUCUGAAGGAUCUUCUCAUGCGCAGUGCUACACCCUCCAACAUGCAAGAACAGGAGAAGAAAAUGACUCAUACGGUUAGUUUUAAAUGUUUUUUAGAAUCUUUCAAUUUUAAUUGAUUCAAAGAUAAUGAGUAAAGGAUCAUUUUUAAUCGUUCAGAAAAAAAAUAAUAAUAAAAAGCUAACGAAAACACACUUUUUUGAAAAGGGAAAGUUUCAAACCACAUUUCGAAAAAAAAAUUGUUUUUCCUUUGUUAGAACAAGAAUAGUUUCGGGCAAAAAAAUUCAUUACAAAUGUAUGUUUCAGGUGCUGGCGAUUGUGACUUGCUUCACGUUAACUCAAGGACCGUCUGCUGUGGUUUUCAUCCAUCAGAACCUUCUGCCUCUGAACGAGUGUGUUAAAAAUACAAAUUGAAAAAAAAAACAAGUUUAGGUACUCAAUCUACCUGUCCGUAGUAGCGAAUGAGCUCGUUCUGACGGGAAAAAUGCUGAACGUCGUCUUGUUCUGCCUGACCUCAGAGACUUUCCGGAGACGACUCUGGCACACCUGCCGCUUCUGGUUCACAAUCUUCUUCUAUGUCGGUCGGAAAGGAGGCAGGUACGGUAGACGUUUCGAUGUCGUUUUCAAGUUUUCCUAG